AUGUAUGACGAACUGCCACCGUUCUCAGGGUUUGGACAUGUGUGCCAACAAUUCCCUACGCAACAGAUCACCACGCCGAUUGCGAUAUUCCAUGGUGGAAGGGAUAGUCUAGGUGAUAUGUCGACAUUACUAAAGCAAAUACCCACGCCGGUACUCGUGAGAGAGAUUAUUAAUUAUGAACAUUUAGAUUUUAUCUGGGCGUCAGACUUGGGCAUCAGUGUGUAUCCCGACAUAUUUGACUUGAUAAUCCAACAUACUCAUCCCAGUUUCCGUGAAGUUGCGUAUCGUCGCGAUGAAGGCGAGCAUAAUCAACGACUUCUUGACAACGAUUCCGUGUACAGCGAUUUACAGCCUGAAGAGAUGCACUUUAGUGAGAUAAGGCACGGCGAGUUGCAACAGAGCAGCGCCAGUGACGACGAAUUAAGAAGACAAGAAUUCAUCAUCCGAGGUCAUCCACAUAAUGGAGAUGAAGAAUCGUUGACACAUAGUGAACCAGAAUUUGUGACGAUGGUAGGGGCUAGUGAGGAUGAUGACCACCGAAGAAGUCUACAAGAGAUUAUCGAGGAUAGUAGUGAGAAUGACGAUUUUGCAAUGAGUUAG